AAUGCAAAUAUUCCACGUAUGCCUGCAACUGUUCAGACAUCUUUAUAUAACUUAAUUGUUUAAAUAAUUUUUAGCCACAAAAUUUAUUUUGCACAAAAGUUAAAAAGAUGGAAGAGUCGGACUUCUAUGAUAUUCUUGUCGAUCAAAUCCAGUCAUCAAUGGAACUGUUUAAAAUUCCCAAUUCACAAGAGUGGUCUGACUACAUGUCUACCAAACAGGAUAGUUGUUUUAUGAUUAUUUAUGACUUUUUUAAUAAGACAAACCCAGAUAUGAUUCCUGAGUUUCCCGAAGUUGCGUUCGAAGAGUACACCAACUCAAUUAAACAGACCGAUCAAUCAAAACGCCGGGGAAGAGGAAGACCGGAAUUAGUAAACAAGAGUCAGAAAUUUCAAUCGUUUAAAACCAUAAAUGAUAAUAUGAUUAAACAAGAAAAGCUAUCAAUGUCUAAAAUUAAGCAAACAUUAAUUGAAUUGAAUGCCAAUUAUUAUUAUCGGAAACAAUUAGAAAGCAUAAAUAACUCGACUAACCAUAUCAUCUAUUGGGACAAACUAUUUAUAAAGUUUUAUAGAUCAAUACAAUCACAAGUAAAACAAAAAUCUGCGGCUAAUUAUCAACGUAUACUGAUAACCGGUUCCCAGGGUUCGGGCAAAACAGCAUUGGCUGAAAAAUUGGCCGCGGAUUCGCUGGCGGUUGAUGUCCAAAAUUUAUCGUACGCCGAUAUGAUCGGCUAUACUGACCCUAAGAUUUCGAAGAUAAUACGGAAAAUGUUUUACGAGUCAUAUAAGUCGCCUUACGGUUGUAUUAUUGUCGAUGAUGUCGAAGAAUUUCUAGUCAAUCCCGUUAUUAGUGAUACAUUUAUACAGCUAAUGAUGUGUCCGCCGCCGCCCAUAACGGGCAACAAAUUGCUGAUCAUAUGUACCACUGGUGGCAAUUCUGAUGAUGAUCUUAUCAAUAAGUUUAAACAAACAAUUGAUUCAUUCAUUGAUCAGACUUAUGUUGUACCAAAUAUAACCAAAGUUGACGAAAUAAUUAAUGUUUUGAUUUAUUUGCUAAUCACUAAUAAUACUAAAACUAAUGGCAAUGAUACUGAUGAUGAUAAUAAUAAUGAUGAUGAUAACAAACGUUGUUUCGAGAUUGAACUGAUUGAUGAACUAUUGGACAGUUAUGAAACUAUUGAACCAUUUUCUAUUGGUAUUAAGAAACUAUUGUUUAAGAUUGAUUGGGCCCGACAGUUGGAUCCGUUAACCGGUGCCAAACAGUUUAUUGCUGAUCUCGUAAAAGUUGGCUAACAAUAGUUGUUUUAACAAUUUGUUUAUAAUUGUCACAGAUUAUUCAUGUGGUUAUACGUUUUUAUAAGGACUAAACAUUUUUAUAAACUAGUUUGAACUAGUUUAGAUUUUCGUUAUUAUUAAAUAAAUCAUUAAAUCA